UAAGUAAGGACCAUCGUAUAGAUCCAAGAACGCAAAGCGACAGUUCGUGAAUGAACGGUCCUCGACAAUGCCGAAAAACCAGGGCGCGGUCGAAAAAUACAGAUGGGGGGGUUGUUGUACCCCCCGUGACGUAGGUGUCCCAUGUCGUCGUUUUUACCACCACCUUUUGUCACCAGAAAACGAGGCGUGAUCUUGUGUAUGGAUAUCGUUGCAUAAUAUUUAAUGCAUUUGGUAUAUAAACCAGCCGGGUCGCUGGACCAAACAUCAAUUCAGUUUCAGUUUUCAUUUAGACUCGUUUUAUCGAUUCACUUCGUCCGUUUGCAAUCAUGAUCGCCAAGGUAGUCUUCGCCGUAGCCGCUUUGAUGGUGGCCGUAGAUGCCAGGCCCGGCUUGGCCCCUGCUGCAAUUUUGACCCACACCGCCCCUGCAGUUGCCGUUAAAGCCGAGCCCUACGAUCCUCAUCCCCAGUACAACUUCGCUUAUGGAGUACAGGACCACUCCACCGGUGACAUCAAAGACCAAGAAGAAUCCAGAGACGGCGACGUAGUAAAAGGCAAAUACAGUCUCGUCGAACCCGACGGCAGCAAACGUACCGUAGAAUACACCGCUGAUCCAGUCAACGGAUUCAACGCCGUCGUUCACAAGGAAACGCUCACCCACCCUGCACGAGUCGCCGUUGCUCACGCUCCAGUCGCUGUAGCCCACACUCCGGUCGCUGUAGCCCACGCUCCAAUUGCGGUAGCCCACGCACCAAUCGCUGUAGCUCACGCGCCCAUCACCUACGCUCACGCUCCCGCUGCCAUCUCCCACUCCUCGAUCACCACGUCGCACAGCGCUCCAGUGGCUUACGCCGCUCCAGCGUACACCUUUGCUCACGCGCCUGUUGCCGUAGCCCACGGACCAAUCGCCUAUGCUCAUGCCCCCGCCUACGCCUACUUGCAUUAAGGUAUUAUGUGUUUAUUAUAUCGUUUUUGUUUGAGUAAAUCCGUUUUUUUCUCAACAAGGCGUCAAGUAGAAGGUUGUCAAGCGCUUUGUUGGUGAACAAGACGGAUGUACUCGCUUUUGGUUAUUGCUCUUAUUCGUUUCAUGCAUGUAUGUAAAUAGUCAUCGUUCUGCAUUUUGCCAUUUUUGUAUACGACUCUGUAGAUAUAGGGACAUUAAAGUUUUGUUCAUUGAA